ACUUACAAGCAAAACAUUUAAAUCACUUGGAUCAACUCAUAAAAUAGCAUAACCAAAAGUGAGAGGGAAAAGGGGACCUUCUCUAUGACAACCCAAAUCACAGCACCAACACCAUCAUGAAAGUGGCAGCUCAGCUUCCCCUGCCUCUGAGGCAUCUCAUCACCAAGAAACUCACUCAAAUCUCAUCUCCAUCUCUUAUCCCAACGCAGUCCCGAUUCUCCUCCACCAAAGCCCCUCGCCAACCACCCGCCCCCUCCCAGCGAAAACCCAUCCUCCGAGACACCAUCAGGCGCUACAUCCCCGAAGAGGCCAAAAAGUUCGUCAAGCCCGACGGCAAGCUCCUGACGACCCCCGAAACUAUGGCCUUCUUCCUCGAGCACAAUCUCGAGCCUGACAACGGCGCCGCCCGCAGACUCACCACGGGUCCUGGCCUGCAGAACGUGUCCAAGGCCUAUCACGCAACCAUCGCUUUCAGUCCGCGGCACAUUAUCCAUCCGCACGACCUGCGCUUCUUUGAUCCUCGGGGCCAUCCGCUUGCUGCUCCGAGACGAGCAAAGUAUCUCCGGAAAUCUCAGCAGGAGCCCCUUUGGAUCAUGAUCACAGGUGCUGGAGCUGCCUCGGUGGUGCGUACCCUGACGCAGAGACGGCUGAAGAGCGCAAUUUACCGGAGUCUGGAGGACCUCGGCUUUCAGAACGGCGUGGGAGGCGGGAAAGAGAUUAGGGGUACUCUAUGGAUCACGAUUCACAACCCAGUCGCGGCGUCGAAGCUGGCCCCUGAGCCGUUUGGGGAGGCUGUUGCUCGGGCACUGAAGAGCAGAUGUAGCCAGCCCUUGAGAUGACGGAGAUGAGGCCUCUUCUUUCUCUCCCUCUUUAUCUGCGGUUGGUCUCCAGAUCUCAAAGGCUAAUGCUGUAUAUUUUGAGUAUACGGCCUGGUAGAUCCCAGUCUCGACCGUAUCAGAUCAAGGAUAUUUACAGGCUUGUCAUAUAUGUUUGACCAGCCAUCUGCCCGACCCGUCGAACUUGGAAUCCGAAUCCUCCUUAACAUGUCGUCUAAACACAUGCUUAUGGAAUUAAUCAGCUCAUCUCUGUGCUCCAAUUUGAAGCUGGAAAAGCCCAUGCUAGAUCUACGACGUACCCAGCACUUGUACAAUACCUUACUCAUCUUUAAACUUCUCAGGACUACCACCAACUACCAUCAGGUACUUCGUCCAUCAUUUCGUAUCAUCAAUAGCGAUUCACAUUCGCCUUCAUAGCAUUUUCAGACGUUAGU